UUAACCCUGCGCUGACGUCAGGCUGCUGUCCUGUUUGACAGACAGACAGAGGUCGUGAUCUCAGAGCGGAAAAGAACAGCAGGGAGUGACGUCAGUGGUAAUUGGACGGGACACCCUCACCCUCGCCCUGUCCUGGACGCUGAGCCGAGCCCGUGUUUCAGUGUGUGUUUGCGCGGGGAAGCGGUGAGCGGUCUCUCCUGAAGCUCCGGCACUGCAGCGGCAUCAUGGGAAACUCGCCCGGCAUGUCAGUGAAGGAGCUGAGCGCCUGUCAUUCCCAUAAGUGGUACCGCAAGUUCAUGACCGAGUGUCCCUCCGGUCAGCUCACCUUCUACGAGUUCAAGAAGUUCUUCGGCCUGAAGAAUCUCUCAGAAACAUCCAACGAGUACGUCAAGACCAUGUUCAAGACGUUCGACAUUAACGACGACGGCUGCAUUGAUUUCAUGGAGUACGUGGCGGCUCUGAGUUUGGUUCUGAAGGGUGGCGUUCAGCAGAAACUGCGCUGGUACUUCAAGCUCUUCGACGUGGACGGCAGCGGCUGCAUCGACCGCGAGGAGCUGCUGCUCAUCUUCAAGGCCAUUGAAGCCAUUAACGGAGUAGAGCAGGAGUUUUCUGCUGAGGAGUUGACCGACAUGGUGUUUAACAAGAUCGACGUUAACGGAGACGGUGAGCUGUCUCUGGAUGAGUUCAUCGAGGGCAUCCAGGCGGAUGAGGUUCUGUCGGUGAUGUUGACCCAGAGUCUGGAUCUGACUCAUAUCGUCAGUAAUAUCUACACAGACAGCGACUCUGAGCAGCAGCUCAACUGACCCCAGACCAGUCCGAGAUCAGGGUGCCAAACCAGAGGAAGACGAAUGAAUGAAUGCUGUUCAUUCAGCAUUGUCCUAAGAGCUUUAAACCCUCGAUGCAUCAGAUAUUAACAGUAUUAAUAGUGUUCAUCUGCAUUUCAAAAGCCUGGUUAUUCCCUGUAAUCACAGAAUAACUGAGACUAGAGCAAACGCUUUAUUUAAGUGCACUUAUGCAUGUUUUAUUAAUGACAUUAAAACCUGAGGUUUCAGCAAAACCUGUAAAAUGCAGUGUUUCUUCAGCCCUGUGACGUAUGUCAGGCAAAUAAUGUGUCCUGCAAGAACUCGCUAUCUACUCUAUUAUUGUAGAUAUGAAGUAUUGUAGUGUGCAUUUGUAAUGUUACUGUAAUUUUACACAAAAUAAAAUAUGAAUAAUGACUGU